UUUUGUUUUGAUAAAGUCUAAAAGCUGUGAACUCACUUAGGGUGACUGUGUCAUUAAUGCGGAAACUGCACAGAACUUUCUGUACAUCUCUUGCGUGAAGGAAGCCGUUUCCCUUGACGACUACUUGAAAGGACUCUGAGAUGUGUAAAAAUAAUAUAUAAACAAUACAAUACAAAUAAACAAUAGUGUGCAAUUGACUGACUAAUUCAUAUUAUUUACCUCCUUCACAGAUGCUUGACGGUUCUACAGCAAGGAUCUCAAUACAUGAUCUUUUAAGGAUCUAUUUGCUUUUUGGGGUGAUAUUGCUCUGGAUGAGGACGACAUCAGCAUGUUGAAAGCUUUUCAGAAAACAGCUGAUUUUCAGCACACUGUAUUGAACCAAACCAGCUCGAAAAAUGGGACUGUUCCUAGUAACAGGAGCAAGAGAGCAAACAUAUUCCCUGCACAUCGUAGGAGGAGGGCAGCAACCUCCAGACCUGAGCGAAUCUGGCCCGAUGGCAUCAUCCCAUAUGUAAUCAGUGGAAACUUUAGUGGUAGUCAGAGAGCUAUUUUCCGUCAGGCAAUGCGUCAUUGGGAGAAAUACACUUGUGUAACAUUCAUUGAGAGGACAACUGAAGAAAGCUAUAUCGUGUUUACCUACAGACCUUGUGGAUGUUGCUCAUAUGUGGGGAGGCGAGGAGGAGGCCCUCAGGCCAUUUCCAUAGGAAAGAAUUGUGAUAAGUUUGGUAUAGUGGUGCAUGAGCUUGGUCAUGUGGUGGGCUUUUGGCAUGAACACACACGUCCAGACCGAGAUGAGCAUGUGAGCAUCAUCAGAGACAACAUCCAGCCAGGUCAAGAAUAUAAUUUCUAUAAGAUGGAGCCAGGGGAGGUGGACUCACUUGGAGAGGUAUACGACUUUGGUAGCAUCAUGCAUUAUGCAAGAAACACGUUUUCCAGAGGCAUUUUUUUAGACACAAUACUUCCUCGUUAUGACAUCAAUGGAGUAAGACCGUCAAUUGGACAAAGGACUAAACUUAGCAAAGGCGAUAUUGCACAAGCUCGCAAACUUUACAAAUGUGCAAAGUGUGGAGACAACUUACAAGACAGUAGUGGGAACUUCUCCUCUCCUGGUUUUCCCAAUGGCUAUGCAGCAUACGCUCACUGUGUCUGGAGGAUCUCUGUCACACCGGGAGAAAAGAUUAUUCUGAACUUCUCCUCCAUGGACUUGUUCAGGAGUCACUUGUGCUGGUAUGACCAUGUGGAAGUGCGUGACGGUUUCUGGAGAAAAGCUCCCCUCAAAGGACGUUUUUGUGGAGAAACACUUCCAGAUUCAAUUACUUCAACCGACAGCCAACUUUGGAUUGAAUUUAGAAGUAGUAGCAACUGGGUCGGCAAAGGUUUUUCUGCUGUUUAUGAAGCCAUUUGUGGAGGAGAAGUUAAAAAAGACAAUGGUCAGAUCCAGUCUCCAAAUUAUCCUGAUGACUACCAGUCCAACAAAGCAUGUGUGUGGAAGAUCUCAGUGGCAGAAGGAUUUCAUGUGGGUCUGUCCUUUCAGUCAUUUGAGAUUGAGAGACAUGAUAGCUGCUCCUAUGACUAUGUGGAACUGAGAGAUGGUGCAUCAGAGGAAAGCCCUUUGAUUGGACGUUUCUGUGGCUAUGAAAAACCAGAUGACAUUAAAAGUAGCUCCAACAAGCUCUGGCUUAAGUUUGUGUCUGAUGGGUCUGUCAACAAAGCUGGGUUUUCAGCCAACUUUUUUAAAGAGAUGGAUGAGUGCUCUAGACCUGAUAGAGGCCAGUGUGAGCAGCGUUGUCUAAACACACUCGGCAGCUAUAGGUGUGCCUGUGACCCUGGCUUUGAGCUGGCACCGGACAAGCGCAGCUGUGAAACAGCUGCUUGUGGUGGGUUCCUGACAAAGCUUAAUGGUUCUCUGUCCACUCCUGGUUGGCCCAAAGAGUACCCUCCCAGCAAGAACUGUGUGUGGCAGCUGGUGGCUCCCAUUCAGUACCGCAUCACACUGGUGUUUGACGCAUUUGAAACUGAGGGGAAUGAUGUUUGUAAAUAUGAUUAUGUAGAGGUGCGCAGUGGUCUGAGUUCAGAUUCAAAACUUCAUGGAAAGUUUUGUGGCGCAGAGAAACCAGAGGUUAUCACCUCUCUGCACAACAACAUGAGGAUUGAGUUCAAGUCUGACAACACAGUGUCUAAGAGAGGGUUCAGUGCUCACUACUUCUCUGAUGUGGAUGAGUGCUCCAAAGAAAAUGGAGGAUGUCAGCAUGAGUGUGUAAAUACAUUUGGAAGCUACAGUUGUCAGUGCCGCAGUGGGUUCAUGCUGCAUGACAAUAAGCAUGACUGCAAAGAAGCGGGCUGUGACCAUGUCGUAAACAGUGUUUCGGGAAUUAUCAGUAGCCCCAACUGGCCAGGCAGAUAUCCCAGCAAGAAAGCCUGCACAUGGUCUAUGUCCUCUACUCCAGGCCACCGCAUCAAACUUAUAUUCAAUGAAAUCGAUAUGGAGGCCCAUCUGGAAUGUGCUUAUGAUCACUUGGAGAUUUAUGAUGGCAGAGAUGUCCGUUCUCCAAGUUUAGGCCGAUUUUGUGGCACUAAGAAGCCUUCCCCGGUCAUCUCAAGUGACAAUAAGAUGUUUCUACGUUUUUUUUCUGACAACUCAGUGCAAAAGCGAGGCUUUGAGGCCUCCUAUAGAUCAGAAUGUGGAGGAAGCCUAAAAGCUGAGGUCAAGACCAAAGACUUGUUCUCUCAUGCCCAGUUUGGAGACAACAAUUACCCAGGAGGAGCAGACUGUGAGUGGGUGGUGUCUGCUGAGAAGGGCUAUGGUGUGGAGGUUAUCUUCCAAGUGUUUGAGAUAGAAGAAGAAGCUGACUGUGGUUAUGAUUAUGUUGAACUGUAUGAUGGGGCAGACACCAAGUCUCCAAGGCUGGGCCGCUUCUGUGGAUCGGGAGCCCCAGAGGAGAUCUACUCAGCCGGAGAUGCCAUUAUUUUAAAGUUUCAUUCAGAUGACAGCAUUAGUAAAAAAGGCUUCCAUGUACAGUAUACAAGCACAAAGUUCCAGGACACUUUGCAUGCAAGCUAAACCUAUCGUCAACCUAAAAUGAGACUUGGACCCUAACAUUAAGUGGGACACACCCAGCUGCAGACAAGGAGUCGAAGUAUGGACCGAUUGAAACCACAGACACCAACCCAAAUACUUCACAUUCACUUCUGGAUCAGUGAACUCCAGCCUUGUGUAGCAUAGGACUUUAGACAAUAGUGAAAGUUUAAAACAGAGUAUUGUUUUAAACUGCCAAGACAAAUAUGGGAUAUGCAGUAGUGUAUUAUAUUGAUGAUGUAUAAAGUAAUUUGCCUAUUUUUGUUUCCUUUCCAUGCCACUGAUUUGGAAUGCACAAUUGGUCUGAAAAAUCAUAACUAUAGAGAUUAAUAAUGUCAUGUCAGUUUCAAUGUGUUUUGUUUUUUGUUCAAAAUGUUACUCUUUCAAAAGAGUGUAUAUUUUCUGCUUUAACCAGCUGAGCUGAUGUCUAAAGCCCCAUAAACAGAUUAGAUUAAUGUUGUAUAACUCCAUAAAGCAAA